AUGUCCACCUUCUCUCGCCUCGUCCGCUUCCUCGCCCGGGACGGCCGCACGUACUACGGCGACGCCAUCCUGCCGCGCGGCAGCACCGACGUCUCCAAGUCGACGCGGGCGCGCGUCAUCGCGGGGGACGUCUUCGGCGCGCACCGCGUCACGGACCAGGUCGUCGACAUCCGGCUGCUGCUCCCGCCGCUGGCGCCCUCGGACGUCGGCACCGUGCGCUGCCUGGGCCUCAACUACGCGGACCACGCGCGCGAGACGGGCAUGGCCCAGCCCAAGUUCCCCAUCCUCUUCUACAAGCCCGCCACGGCGCUGGCGGGGCCCUCGGACGCCAUCCCCAUACAUGCCAUGGCCCAGGAGGGCGAGGGCCUCGACUACGAGUGCGAGCUCGUCGUCGUCAUCAGCAAGCGGUGUACGGAUGUGCCCGAGUCUGAGGCCCUCGACUGCGUGCUGGGGUACGCCGUCGGCAACGACGUCUCGCACCGCGACUGGCAGAUCAAGCACGGCGGCAGCCAGUGGUCGCACGGCAAGGGCUUCGACGGGUGGGCGCCCUACGGGCCCGCCAUUGUCAGCGGCCGUGUCGUCCAGGACCCCGAGAAGCUCAAGAUCUGGACAAAGGUCAACGGCGAGACUCGCCAGGACGGAUCGACAUCAGAAAUGAUCUUUGGCGUCAGAAAGACCAUUGCGCUUCUGAGCCGCGGCGUGACGCUCAUGCCCGGAGACCUCAUCUUCACGGGAACUCCACCUGGCGUGGGCAUGGGCCGCAAGCCGCCGGUCUGGCUCAAGGACGGCGAUGUCGUGGAAGUUGGCCUGGAGCAGGUCGGGACGUGCACCAACAAGGUCGAGUUUGCAAGCCCAAAGUCCAAGAUUUGA